CUUUGCUUGGCCCAGAAUAGAGAUUCUCUUUGGUCAGCCCGACUGUCAAUCAAUGAGGUGAAGCCCGCCCGCUUUGGAACCUCCUUCGGAAUCUAGAGAGCCGAAGAGCCGGUCCGUCGGCUCCCAGCUCCAGCCGGCACCCAGGUGGAACCGCUGAGUUCAUGAUUUUGGUUGCCAUCCCCGCCCACGUCCUUUUAGCCUGGCGCCUGUAGCGGCUGUUUAGAGAAAAGAGCUGAGCUGCUUGCGUCUACCCGGGGAACCGCUGCUGCCUCGGAGUUUCCAUUAGCCCCGCUGCUGCCUGCGGGUAAGGUGCUCAGGAAUCUCCUUGGGGCCCUGAGGAUGCCAUUGGAAUACAUAUGGCUAAACAAUGACUCUUGCCUUUCCCUCCCAUGGUCUUCCAAUGCACUUGCUUAAUGCCCUUCACAUGGUAUUCUAACUGAAUAGAGACACAUUGUCUCUGGAAUCAUGAGUGAAGAAAAGAGCCUGGGUGUGUCCCAGAAAGUGUUGUCACCUUCAAGAAGUACCAGCAGCUGCUCCUCCAAGCAGGGAAGUCGACAGGACAGCUGGGAAAUUGUGGAAGGAUUGCGAGGAGUCAUGAAUUAUACCCAGCAACCACAGAAACAGGAAGGCUAUCUACUGAAAAAGAGGAAAUGGCCUCUGAAAGGCUGGCACAAGAGAUACUUCUACUUGAACAGAGGAAUUUUGAAGUAUGGCAAGUGUCAAGCUGAUGUCGAGAGAGAGAAGCUUCAUGGCUGCAUUGAUGUUGGACUUUCAGUGAUGUCUGUAAAAAAAUCAACAAAAUGUAUAGAUUUGGAUACAGAAGAAUACAUAUACCAUCUCAAGGUGAAAUCUCAGGAACUGUUUGAUGAAUGGGUAGCAAAACUGCGUCACCACAGAAUGUAUCGUCAAAAUGAAAUUGCCAUGUUUCCACAUGAUGUUAAUAAUUUCUUCCCGGCAUCCUCUACCACAGACACUGUAUCCAGUGUGUUUGAUUCUGUUUCAAGUAGAAAGACAGGCAGCCUGACAAAACAGAAUUCAUUGCGAAUUGGGAAUAGCUUACAGUUUUCCUGUCCAAGUAGUGAGUCCAGGAUUCCACCUUGGCUACAGUCUUCAGAGGAUAUGGAAAAAUGCUCAAAAGAUCUCUCGUGUUGUCACACAUAUUUAAUGGAAAUGAACCAGCUGUUACAGAGCAUGGAAGUUCUCCAUAGGACAUGUUCAGCACCUGCUAUAAAUGCUAUGCAGGGUGGAACUUUUGAAAGUCCAAAAAAAGAAAAAAGAACACAGAGGAGGUGGCGUUCUAGAGUUAUUGGUAAAGAUGCCAAAGGAACCUUGCAGGUACCUACAGUAUUUUCUGCCCCCAUGAGACUGCAUGCUUCCAAUCCAAAUUUAUCUACAAUAGAUUUUGGGGAAGAAAAAAAUUACUCCGAUGGCUCUGAAACAUCAGAAUUUUCUAAAAUGCAAGAAGAUUUGUGUCAAAUCGCACAGAAAGCUUACUUCACCUUAAAGUCGGCUUUUAGUACAAUCUCAGUUGAGAGAGAGAAACUUAAGCAGCUGCUGGAACAUGAUGCAGCCUCAUCUCCAUCUGCACAAAUAGCUGGAUUGAAGAAUGCCUUAUCAUCCGCCAUAGCACAAAACACAGAUCUUAAAGACCGGUUACGCAGAAUACAUGCAGAGUCUAUGCUUGAUUCAGCAGCUAAUGUGAAAUCAAGUCCUGAUUUGGUGAAGGAAAAUUCAAGGGAAGGAAAUAGAAGCCUCGUUCACCAGCUCUCCAAUGAAAGUAGACUAUCUGUCGCGGACUCUAUCUCAGAGUUUUUUGAUGCUCAAGAAGUCCUGCUGUCUGCUAGCUCUUCAGAAAAUGAGAUAUCAGAUGAUGAUUCAUAUGCCAGUGAUAUAAGUGAUAACAUCUCUGAGGAUAACCUAAGUAACGAUAUUGAGAAUGAAAGGCAAACUUUGGACUGCAUUGUUGAAAGUGAGAUGAGAAGUCAUUCCAAGAGGAGAAUGUGUUUGCCGGCUCCAUGUCCUAAUACCAGUAACAUCAGCCUGUGGAAUAUCCUGAGGAACAACAUUGGGAAGGAUCUUUCCAAAGUGGCCAUGCCUGUGGAGUUAAAUGAGCCACUUAAUACUCUUCAGCGACUUUGUGAAGAACUGGAAUACAGUGAACUUCUGGAUAAAGCAGCACAUACCCCAAAUUCAUUUGAAAGGAUGGUCUAUGUAGCUGCUUUUGCAGUAUCUGCAUAUGCAUCCAGUUAUUACAGGGCUGGAAGUAAACCGUUCAAUCCGGUGCUUGGAGAAACAUAUGAAUGUGUCCGUGAGGAUAAGGGCUUCCAAUUCUUUUCAGAACAGGUCAGUCAUCACCCACCAAUAUCUGCAUGUAAUGCUGAAUCUGUGAAUUUUGCUUUUUGGCAAGAUGUGAGAUGGAAAAACAAAUUCUGGGGGAAGUCCAUGGAAAUCGUUCCAAUUGGUACAACACAUGUAACUCUGCCAGCUUUCAGAGACCAUUUUGAGUGGAAUAAGGUGACUUCUUGCAUCCAUAAUAUCUUAAGUGGGCAAAGAUGGAUUGAACACUAUGGAGAGAUCAUUAUCAAAAACCGGAAUGAUGACACUUGUCUCUGCAAACUGACAUUCAUAAAGGCAAAAUAUUGGAAUCCCAAUAUGCAUGAGAUUGAAGGCAGUGUCAUGGACAGACAUGGGAAAGUAGUACAUCGGCUUUUUGGGAAAUGGCAUGAAAGUAUAUAUUAUGGGACCCCAUCCUCACCAACCUGCAUAUGGCGAGCAAAUCCCAUGCCUAAAGAUUAUGAGAAGUAUUAUGGAUUUACACAGUUUGCAUUAGAGUUAAAUGAACUGGACCCACAGACAAGGCCAUUCCUACCACCUACUGACACACGAUUUAGACCAGACCAAAGGUUUCUAGAGGAAGGGAAUAUUGAAGGAGCUGAAAUGCAGAAGCAGAGAAUUGAACAGUUGCAGAGAGAACGGCGAAAGGUUUUAGAAGAAAACAACCUGGAGCAUCAUCCUAGAUUUUUCAGGAAAUCCACAGAUGAAUCCUGGGUGAGCAAUGGAACAUACAUGGACCUUAGAAAAGACCCUGGUUUUUCCAAACUGGACAAUCCUGUUCUAUGGUGAAAGAGCAGCAUAGAAGAUGCUCCUCUGUAUUUCUCUGAUUUUGUGUGUGUGUAUGUAUGGAUACUUCAUAUAUUGUGUACCUUUCAGAAUUGUGUUUAAUUUAGAAUAUGACAUCUAUAUUUUCUUCAUUUGAUUUCUUUACUACUUGAUUGUUAUCAUGACUACCUGAAUGUAUAAAAACCCUGUUUUUAUAAACUAUUUAAUAAAAUAAUCAUUAUAGAAUGUUAAUGACUGGGGAGGGGAGAAAAAAGAAGCUUUAACACUACUUUUCCAAAGGGUAAUAAUGCAAGUUCAGAUUUACUUGAUGCCUUAUUGAAUUACAAAGGAGAAAAUAUCAGCGUCUCUUGGCUGUGCUAAGAAACAUGAAUAGAAGCCAUGGUUACUAAGAGGGCUACCACGCUGGGAAUGAGUAGUUCAGCUGUCUCUUGCCUCAGACAGCUUUUAAUUACUGAAACAAAGUGAGUCUGCUAGAGUCUGAGUAACUUUUUUUAAAUUUUUUUUUCCUGUAGCAAUUAAAUAAAUUCCUCUUUUUAUUUAUCAUUAUCAUGAGGUAGUUGUGAGCUUGUAUCCAUAGUUCUACUGCCUUACUUACGAUUGUAUGCUACUACACAUAACACUAGAAGAUCAGGAAUCCCCACCAAAUCUUCUCACUGGAGUCUUUCCAAGUUAUAACCUCCCUUCCCCCCAAAAGGGGUUGGUUAAUGCUUGAGCACUGACCAGAUGAGAGAAUACCGUGUUCUCUUUUUCAGUAAGUAAAAUCAACAUGGAGCACAAAAUCUUAUGCUUCCAUAGCUGGACUUCUUUUACUUACCUAAAAAUCACAACAGGGACACUUUUUAGAAACAUAGUAAAUUAUUGUGUUAAAGUAACAGAUGUUUUUCUUAAAUACUUUUUGAUAUAUUCUACCUCUUAUAAUAAGCAACCUAUUUAAGAUCUUGUAUUAAGAAAAAGACCAUUUGCCUUAUAUUUACAUGAAUGGAAUCUUUGAUCUUCCUUUAACUGCUUGUUGUCUUCAGAUCAAUAUUUGUCUUGCACUAAAUUGGUUGUAUCCUUUUCCAUACUCUUUGUACAUAUAGGUAGCAUUUUCAUGCAUAUCAGAAGAAUGUCUAUCAACCUACAGCAGGAAAGAGAUAUAUAGAAAAUUGCACAUUUGAAUGGAGGUGGUGGGGUGUUCCCUCUCCCAUGAAAAUCAAAGUAAUACGGUAGCAUAUGUAGCAAAACAAAUUAUACUCUCUCAAAGCAAUUUACAUUCCUCCCAAAUUAGAACCUAAGUCUGCACACCUUCUAGGUCUAUUGCAUGCAAACCCUGUGUGAGACUGAUAAUAUUGAAUGGUUCCCACUGUUUUAAACUUGCAAAAAAAUUAAUUAUUAAUAGUUGUUUUGAGACUACAAGUUAAAACACAAGCGAGUCAAAAGUUGUUGCUACGUUUAGCCAAAUUCUUACUUGUGUAAGUUGCAGUUGUGGGGAGAUGAAGACUUGACAUCAGCAGUGUUGAAAAACUUCCAAUUUACUGUGUGCCGAUGCAGACUUAAAGAAAACCCUUUAAACAUUGGAUCUGUUUACUGCAAGUUUAUUGUAUCAUGUAUAACAUUAAGUUCUAUAAAAGUUCCAUUUUAAAAUUG